CCCCCUGUGGGCCCGGUGGCGGCGCGGGGCCCGGGGCGGCGGUGGCGGCCGCGGCCAUGUCCCGCCGGGGGCCCGCGCAGGUGUCGGGCAGCCCCCGGCAGAAGGCUGUGCCGGGCACGGCCCCGUCGGAGCUGCAGGAGCUGCGGAGCCGCACGGAACGCGCGGAGCGGCGGCUCCUGGCCUGCGAGAACCUGGUCGGGGAGCUGGGCAGCGGCCUGGCCGCCCUGGGCACCCUCCUGCAGGGCUACGAGCAGCUGCAGCAGCGCCUGCUCAACCUGGAGAACCUCCUCAAGAACAGGAACUUCUGGAUCCUGCGGCUGCCCCCCGCCACCGGAGGGGAGAUCCCCAAGGUGCCGCUGACCUUCGAUGAUAUCUCGGUGUAUUUCAACGAGCUGGAGUGGGAGAGGCUGGAGCGCUGGCAGAAGGAUCUGUACAGGGCCGUGAUGAGGGGCAACUACGAGACCUUGGUGUCCCUGGACUACGCCGUGUCCAAGCCCGAUAUCCUGUCCCAGAUGGAGAGGGAUGAAGAGCUCAGUGACAAAGAGGGUCAGGAGCCACCAUGGACACGGACUGGGGACAGUCAGGAGCCCCCGGGGGCAGCAGAGGCAGAUGAGGCUCCAGGAGAUGAAACCCCCAUGGAAGCUGCCCCAGGUGGGUGCCAGGAGCAGGUGGCAGUUCCUGGAGAUCUCCCCUUCGUUAGGAAGGAAGUGCUCAGUCCAUGGAUUAAAGCACCCCGGAGCACCGUGAAUCUUCAUUCCAAGAGGAAUGGUUGUGCCUGGCUGGAUAAAUCCCAUGGAGAAAAGCAGUUAAAGCCUGCAGGAGGGUGUGGAGCAGUGGGAAAGGCCUCCUGUAAGACUGGGGCUUCCAGAGACAUUCCUGCCUGCUGUGGAGGAGCAGACGGUGCCAAGUCCAAGCCCAACAGCAUCGAGAAGGAUAAAGAACCCAGCAACAAAAAGGGUCUGGAGCCCUCAUGGAUGCAGAAUGGGGACAGCCAGAAAACCCCACAGAUACAGGCUGGGGACAGCCAGGAAAUCCCAGAGAUUUGGAACAGCCCAAAGUUCUCAUGGACACGGAGUGGGAACAGCCACAAAACCCCACAGAUACAGAAUGGGGACAGCCAGGAAAUCCCAGAGACACAGAUUGGGAACAGCCCAAAAUCCCCACGGACGCGGAGUGGGAACAGCCCAAAGUCCCCACAGACACAGACUGGGGACAAUCAGAACUCCCCACAAACACAGACUGGGGACAGCCCAAAGUCCUCUUGGACACGGAGUGGGAACAGCCAGAAAACCCCACAGAUACAGACUGGGGACAGCCCAAAGUCCCCAUGGACACGGAGUGGGAACAGCCAGAAAACCCCACAGAUACAGACUGGGGACAGCCAGAAAACCUCAUGGACACGGAGUGGAAACAGCCAGAAAAUCCCACAGACAGAGACUGGGGACAGCCAGAACUCCCCACAGACACAGACUGGGGACAGCCCAAAGUCCUCUUGGACACGGAGUGGGAACAGCCCAAAGUCCCCAAGGGCACAGAUUGGGAACAGCCCGAAGUCCCCCCAGACACAGAGUGAGAACAGCCUGAAACCCCCCUGGACACAGAUUGGGAACAGCCCAAAAUCCCCCCAGACACAGAAUGAGAACAGUCCAAAAUCCCCCCAGACACAGAAUGAGAACAGUCCAAAGUCCCCACGGACACAGAUUGGGAACAGCCCAAAGUCCCCCCAAACAGAGAGUGAGAACAGCCCAAAGUCCCCAUGGACACAGAGUGGGAACAGCCCAAAGUCCCCACAGGCACGCCCUGGGGACAGCCAGGCACUGCCUCAGACACCGACUGGGGACAGUCACAACCCCCUCCAGACAGAUGUCCCCAACAAUCAGAAGCCCCCACAGACUCCAGAAGAGAUGGAGCAGCAGGAAGAGGCUUCGGGAGAGAAUCCCAUGCCCAUGGAAGCUGGCCCAGAACUCCCCAUCCUGAUGAUGAACGUGAUGUCCCUGGGGGAACAUCAGCCAGAGGAGGACCCGGAGAUGGAGGAGGACCCGGCAGAGCCUGACACUGAGGAAGCCUCAUCCAUGGAAGAUGAAACACCGUGCGAAGAGGCUUCUCCCGAAGACAUCAAGGUGAAGGAGGAGGAGCCUGAGCUGCUGGCAGAGGAAUCCACCCUGUCUCCCGGCUCAGAGAUCCACAAGUGUCCCAAAAACGAGCUGGUGAAAUCCAAGAGCAAGAAGAAGCCGAACAGGUGCGAGGCCAGCAACCUCCUGAUGGGCAACUGCCGGCGCGGGUACGUGCGGGAAUGGUCCCAUCCCUGCACGGAGUGCGGGAAGCGCUUCCGCCUCAAGAUCAACCUCAUCAUCCACCAGCGCAGCCACGCCAAGGAGGGGCCCUACGAGUGCCCCGUGUGCGAGAUCGGCUUCAGCAACAAACGGCACCUGGACCUUCACCGCAGCAUCCACGUCAAGGACAGAGCCUUCGGGGCCAAGGUCUGGGGCAACGUGCACCCCGAGCUGCGCAUCCGCCCGCGCAGGGACCCGUGCGGCGGCGCCCACGCUGUGGGAGCCUGGCUGGGCCAGCCCAAGGAGGAGCCGGACAGGGAGGGCCCGGCCGGCUCCGGGAUGGCGCGGCCGCCCGAUUCUAGGCUGAAGUGCCCCUACUGCAAGAAGUUCCUGUCGUGCUCCAUGUCGCUGCGGCGGCACCUCCAGACGCACGCGCGGGAACGGCCCUACUGCUGCAGCUCCUGCAAUAAGUGCUUCACCCGCAGCAAUCACCUCCUGCGCCACAAGAAGAUCCACGAGCGGGCUCUGGCUGCGCUCCAGGGGGAGGCCAACACCCAGCCCCCCGCUGCUGUCCCGGCAUCCCCGCAGCACCGGGCUCCCGAGGAGAGGAGCCUUUCCCAAGGGAACGGGAGCCCUGAGGCUGCAAAAGCGAGCCUGCCCAACGUGCUGCUGUUGGGAGCGACACCGGGGCUCCCCGGGAAAGGCUCCCCGCUCCCUGACUGCCUCGGGAAAGCUGUGCAGCCCGUGGUCCAGCUGGGACUGAGGGCAGUGGCUUCAGGGAUGACAGAGAAAUGACCCCG